GUGUGUAUGCCAGCUGUCAUGUGCAGCCUAGAUAGUGCCGGUCAGUUUACUUACCCUGCUAAUAAUCAAACAACCUUAUGUGUGUCUGAUGUGUGCCUGCAAGUGCGUGUACUUAAAAAUUCAGGCUGGAAUCUUGUUCAUCACUCUGUGCUAUCACCUUGUGAAUACAGAGCAGGCUCUGAAUACUCUAUUAUUGUCCCUGUAUAAACUAUAGUAAAUGCAUAUUAUCCACAAUAGCAUCUGUGUGCGCGCAUGCAUCAAAUCCCAUUAGAAAACAGCGGAAAAUCAAUGAGUACUUAGGAAGGAAUGGGAACCAAACAAAGCAACAGCAGACACAGCGACCCUAUAUUUAUUUUUUCCCAAGAUUAAAAUAAUACUUGUAAUUAAUGACUGUCAGCUAACACUGACUCAUUGCUAUAGCUUUAAUCAUAAUAACACUGUAUUACAUACUGUAAUAGACAAGUUAUCUUUCUGAUUGAAGCCAAUGUUUUGUAAAAGCACUUCAGCCACAUUAAUGACUGUCUGAAGUGUUUUCUUUUAAUCAUCUUCCAAAGGAGCAAUCUUGUUGAUCUUUCAGCAUUAGUUAAGUACUUAGGUGGAAUACCCUUUCAAACAUGCUGUGGCUUAAAUCAGUGGUUCUCAAACUUUUUCACAUCGGGGACCCCUAAACUAAUUUACUAAUUACCACAAGGACCCCCAUUUGAUAAGAUUUUGUCCCAGGGUCCCCCAUCUGAUAGGAUUUUUGCUUUUACAUGUUUUAUUACAGAAAGUAUAUGAAAACCAUGACCAAAAUAGUCAGACAUUCUUUCCCUGUGCUACUUAUGGAAAAACAAAAAAAAAGGAUGCCCCUUUUUGCUGGGGAUCCCCAGACCCCACUUUGAGAACCACUGGCUUAAAUAAUAGCCGCCUUGAAUCAAUUACCAGCCUGGCGUGAGUUCAGACACACCAAAUCAGUAAUCCAUCUGUAGUCCUUGGUUACAAAACAACACAAUUAAAUACUCUCCAACAACCCCGGAGGAGACUCUCUCUCGUACAUACAAACACACAUACUGUGAGAUCACUCACAUCUGGAAGCAAGACUGGCUAACACACUCCCUUCCUCUUUCCAAUGUGUCCACAUCUUCCCCUUUCUACCCCGGCAACCCUCUCGCUUCUCUUUCCUGUCUGUCUGGCUGUCCUGCCCCCGCUCCCAGAGAUGAAAGAGAAGAACCCCUGGCACAUGCCUGUGACCAUCAUCAUCACUGUGAUUGGCGUCAUAGCGAUUGUUGCCUUGGUGACGGUAGCAGUUUUGCAGAACAGGCCCCUCCCCCAAAAGUACAAGUAUGGGAUUGUGCUGGAUGCCGGUUCCUCCCACACAGCUCUCUAUAUCUAUGAGUGGCCAGCGGAGAAGGAUAACAACACAGGAAGAGUUGAACAGAUACAUUCGUGCAAAGUCAAAGGUCCAGGUAUCUCCAGCUAUGCAUCCACUCCUGAGAAGGCAGGGGAGUCUCUGACAGCAUGCAUGCAUGAGGCCGAGCAGUGGGUCCCUAGAAAAAGACAUCAAGAGACCCCUCUUUAUCUGGGGGCUACUGCAGGAAUGAGACUGCUGAAUAUGGAGAACAGCGAGGCGUCGGGCAAGGUGUUCCAAGCUGUGGAGGAAGCCCUGAAGAGGUGCCCCUUCUCCUUUCAGGGAGCGAGACUACUUAGUGGCCAAGAGGAGGGCGCCUUCGGCUGGGUCACAGUCAACUACUUGGAUGACCGCCUCAAACAGGGCUUGGAAACCACAGGUGCCCUCGACCUUGGCGGGGCCUCCACUCAGAUUAGCUUUGUAUCAAAUAAUUAUGACGGUUCAGAGUCACCUAACAACUCUGUGAACUUUCGACUCUACGGAAACGACUAUAUCCUGUACACUCACAGCUUCCUGUGUUAUGGGAAAGACCAAGCACUGCGUAUGACGCUUGCACAUCAGACUCGGUCAGGUCCAGAAACAAUAUUAGAUCCUUGUUUCCACCCUGGCUACACUGCAACAAAGAACUACUCAGUUCUCUAUGAUAGCCCCUGUGUGUCAGACAGGAAACCCCAGAACGCUCCUGCAACCUUCAAUCACACAGGGAAUGGAAAAUUCCAACAAUGCCAGGAAGUCGUCAAAAGUGUCUUCGACUUCACUCACUGCAAAUACAGCCAAUGUUCUUUCAAUGGGGUCUUCCAGCCUCUUUUAAAGGGGCCAUUUGGGGCCUUCUCUGCUUACUAUUUUGUGAUGAACUUCCUCAAUCUGACUGAUACAUCCAUAUCUCUGGAAAAAGUCAAAGAAACGCUAACACGCUACUGCGCUACCCCUUGGAAUCAGAUAAAACAGCAGCAUCCGGAUGCAAAAUUGACGUAUCUGGCUGAGUACUGUUUCUCUGGCACAUACAUCCUCACCCUGCUGACAGAAGGAUACAACUUUACCUCAGAGAUGUACUCCUACAUAAAAUUCAUCAAAAAGAUAAAAGGCAGUGAUGCAGGCUGGACAUUGGGCUACAUGUUGAAUCUGACCAACAUGAUUCCAGCUGAGGCUCCUGACUCUCCGCCUCUGCCCCACGCUGGUUACGUUUCCAUAGUCACCAUCAUGGCAGUACUGCUCUUCAUCCUCUUCAUUGUCAGCCUGCGGCCUCUCUGGCCCCGCUGCUCAAAACAGCCACAGAUCGUAUAAACACACAAAGAUAUAUGUAUGAGUGACGGUGAGGGAGGGAAUGUCUGUGAGGGCUUGUGAGUGUGUUGGUGUAAGCUAUUCUACCAAUAAUAAUAAACAUCACACCUUCCAGCCUUUGUGGGGAGGUCAAAGUUCAAUGUCUGCUGCACAACAACAACAGUCCUGCAGCUCAAGUGGAUUCGAGGACAUUUCAGAAGGACAAAUACUUUCUCUCACUGUGGAGUCAGUUUUUCUGUUUUGAUUGAAGGACAGUAUGUGAGUAUGUAUUUUUGAGUUUGAAUGUGUGAAUUUGAAUGUGUGCUUGAGUGUGUGUACCCACAAAAGUCUGCAUGUAUAUGUCUUAUGAUGUGAAUAUGACACUGAAUAAAUAAAAUAACCCAAGUUUAUAUAAAA